AUGAGAUUUAACUUCGAGGAGCCAAAGGAUACGCCGGAACCACGGCGAUCUCCCACGCCCAAAGAAGCUGUUCAGUGGGUUCCUCUCCAGAGCCACCCGGUUUUCUCUUCUAUCCCCUCCUCCCAGGAUGAGCCCGCCGUGUCCCAGCGGUUUCCGAGGAAUUUCAUGGCUUGGGACGGAGACUCGCGGUUAUACUACUGGGAUUCUAAACGAUAUCUCCUUCACCGAUUGUCUCUGCGCUUGGGUGAACCUGAACCAACCUCCGUCCUCGCAGCAGUCCCGUCCAAGGUGAUGCAACCAGAUCUCCAGCUGACAUUUUCCGUUAACAAAAUCUCCGUCAAUAAGUCUGGAUCAGCUGUACUUCUUGCCGGCUCCGAUGGGAUAUGUGUAAUGUACCUAUUUGGACGCGCUUCUGCGGUUGAAGACAAUGUUAUUUGCAGGGUUGUUUCUAUCGGCUCGGAAAUCUAUUCUAGUGGUGAAAGUUCCGUACAGUUGCUUCAAGCAUCGUGGCACCCUGAUAGUGACACCCAUUUGGGAAUUCUGUCUUCUGACGCAGUUUUCAGACUUUUCGACUUGUCUUCAGAUGCUGACCUACCAGAGCAAGAAUACUAUCUACAGCCCGUUGAGCCAGGGAGAUCUAGGACAGCUUCAUCAAUUUAUCCUGCUGAUUUUAGUUUCGGAGGAGAUCAUCUGUGGGAUAGAUUUACUGUCUUUAUACUAUUCACUGAUGGUUCAAUUUAUAUCCUGUGCCCAGUUGUGCCAUUUGGAAGUAUCUACAAAUGGGAAUCAGUAGUGGAGAUUUACAAUGAUGCUAAUAUGUUUGGAGUUAAGUCGCCCAACUCGUUAGCUGUUAGCAACUCCAGUCUGGCAAUUGAUUGGCUGGAAGCUGUAUUUCCAGAUUUGACUGAACAAGGAACCAGAGGUGACAAUAUAGUGGUAGUGAAAGCUCAUCCGUAUGCUUUGCUUGAUGCAUCACUGGCUUUACAGGGCCCUCUAUAUAAAGCAUCGAGUGGUGAAGGAGAUGAAGAUUUCGCUGUUAGAGAGGCAGAGUGUAAAGGCCGAGCAGUGAGUCUGUUAUAUAAUCUUGUCAGCAAAGAUUCGAUUCUGGUAACUGCUUGGAGUGGUGGACAACUACAGGUUGAUGCUCUGGUCGAUGAAAUCCAGCCAGUUUGGAUCUCUGGAAGCUCAUCUCGUCUCCGCAUGAGCUCCCACCACAAGAUUGAAGGAGUUGCAAUGAUUUGUGAGUCAAACGUGAGUGAGCUUCCUGUUGCAACUUCAAACCUGCCACUUGAUCACACUGUUUGGUUAGGGCACCCGCCGCCACUGUUAAGACUGGCUAUGGUUGAUUUGGCUCUACCAACUAAGCGUGAAGGUGGCUCUCUGGUUACCUUGUUCGCUGACUCCCUUUUGCCAGAACGAAUAUACUCCCUCCACGACGGUGGCAUUGAUUCAACGGUCUUACACUCUCUUCCCUUCACAAGUCAGGCCACGGGAAGAGAUGAAGCACUGAAAACGCCGUCUGUUCACACUGUGCUAAGUACAUGCCAAGAAGACUCCGCCGCAUCUUCUCUGUUGGGCUUUGUGCCUCUGUCGGAUUCGUUUGGAUAUUCAUGGAUCAUUGCAGUCUUAUCCUCAGGAGAAUGCAUUGUGGCAGAGAUGAAAACUUGGGAUCUCUUGCUUCCCAUUCAUGUCAGUACAGAUAAAACAGAAUCCUCCAGCGCAAUAGAGAAGAAAGAGCAAGAUCCCUCGUGCAUCAUAAGCAAGGAGCUCCUUGCAGGUCCCAAAGUUAGAAUUGCUCCCCAUGCUUUACCUAACCAACGCUCAACUCCAGCCAAUUCCGUAGAAGGCCGAUCAGUUCUGCAUCACUAUGUCAAGCUUUUCCAUGAAAACUACGUCGAAUAUGCACACAAGGUCUACUUUGAGCUGCAGCAUCAUGCUCCUAACCUGAAGAGAAUAAUCGAUGACCAACACCAGCGCGUUUCUGAGGCAAAUGAGAAAAUGUCAAAAGUUGAGAAGAACCAAUCCUUGUUGGAGAAAAGGAUUCACAAAGCAAUGCAAAGACAUGAUUCUCUUGAGCAACGCUUGCAACGUCUCCGUAACUUGCCUGGUACACACAAGAAACCUCUGACGAGAGCAGAACGGGAUUUCAAGUCGGAGCUCGAUCAAUUCGCGGGAGUUGAGGUGGAUGCACUUCAAUCAUCCAUUGAAACACUGAGAGCAAGAGUGAAAAAGUCCGCUCAAAAGUCUCCUAAAGGAACAGUCGUUGCGGGUACUCAGAGAAAGCAAUACUCAAAGAAGAACUACAUUCAGGAUACAGAAAUGUCGCAUCUUCAGUCCACACUCGCCAAGCUAUCCCUCAUGAACAGCGAUAACUCCAAAAAGGUCAAGAUUGUAGAAUCGGCACUCAAGUCGCAAGAAAGUAGUUUGAUGUAA